CGCCUACUCUAGCUAAAAAUAAGUAAAGAAUGGUUCAGACCUCGGGUUAGACGCCUCUGUCCAGAUUGUCUUCUCCUCAUAGAAUCAUGUCUGAGUUGGAUAGCAAACUAGCAGUUGCUGUCAAUGAAAAACGGAUCUUUGAUGUAGCCAAAGCACUGAGAGAUGGAGCUAGCCCUGAUGCCGUGUACAAGGGAAAGGGAAUGAUCCAUAUUGCUGCAGAAAAGAAUUAUUAUGUUAUUCUCAAACUGUUGAUACUUCAUAAUGUGUCAUUGGAGAAGACUAUGAGCACCGAUACAGAAGACGAUCUGACAGCUUUACAUGUGGCAGUAAUUCAUGAUCAUGAUGAUAUUGUCUGUCUUCUUACAAAGACUGGAGCAGAUCUGAAUAAAGAGACUAAAAAUGGUCAAACCCCUUUGGACAUUGCAAGGGAAAAGGAUCACUGUGUUUAUGAUCUUGAGAAUAUUGAAAACCUGUUUAAUAAUGUAGCCAGUGGAAAAGUACCUUAUGGAAUAUCUGAUAUUGACAUUACUUUAUUCCGUGACAGUGUAAGUUUUAUGAU